UGAGGCCAAAUCGAGGCGUUGGAUUUCUCAAAGACGCUCUAGGCGUUAGUGUUCCUCUUUUUAAAGCUGAAACCUAAUUCACGGUUCCCAUUAGUAACUUUCUCUCACUCACACUGAUGAAGCUCUGAUUUUGGGGGAAAAUAAAGCAAUUUUAGUGGUGGGGAAAAGUGUUUCAGUUGCUAAAAAUGUUCAUUGCUGCAAUUAUGGUAGCCUGACUGUUGGUUCUGGAGCAGGUUCAAGAUGCAGUCCGACUUGGUUCUGAUGAGGAGACACGAGGAACAAGGACACCAAGGCAAGAAAAUGCUGAAUGCUGGUAGUGCAGACGGAAUAUGGAGAGAAAAGAUGAUGAAAGGGGACAAUGGUUUGAAGACUAUAGAGUGUUUAAGGGGAAGAUUGCUUGCCGAGAGGGUAGCCUCAAGGGUGGCAAGAGAAGAAGCAGAGCUAAUGGGGAACAAGCUGAUAGAACUAGAGAGGCGAAUAAGAGCAGAGAUCAGAUCUAGGAACAGAGCCGAAAGAAAGCUGAAACUACUUACCAAAAAGCUCGAAUCUCUGAAACUUCCGCAUGUUCUAGACUGGUCAAGUUCAUCAGAAAAGAGUGAAGAUUCGCGUAGUUCAUCUACAACCUCAUCUGGACGCAAGGAUCCUGACCCCAUAAAAUGUGGCUGCAUAGAAGAAGAAGAAGAAACAAGGAAUGCCAAAUGUCCAUCAUCAACUCCAGAAGGUCCCAGAAGUGAUGAUGUUUCAGAAGACAAAGUUGCCAAGCUGGGUCAUGGAGGGAUUUCGAAUUCAGCAGAAAUUGUUCAUUCUUGCAACAACAACAGCAGCAGAGAUCCUUCCCCAGGACAACCCUGCAAGAUUGAAACCAUAAGUUCAAAAGAGUUGGUGACAGACGAUGCCAGGUACCUGAAUGCAAGCUGUAGACGCCAAAGGGAAUUCCAAUUACUGCCUUCGUCUUUUCCUUGCCUGUCCUAAAAAUUUCAAAGCAGUUUCCUGUUUGUUUCUAGGAGCUGGACAGACAAUUUACGGAUAUCGUCGAUGAUACACUAGCAUUAAUUCCAGUGAGUACGUCGUCAGCUCUGAUUCACAUAUCAUUAACGUCAGUGUUGGCGAUGUUCUUGCUGCUCUAGAACAUGCCAGAGAGCACCUUCAGAAUUCAAUGGGGAGAAGAGAAGACAUUACUGAUUACUCAUUCUCAUUCAGUUGCUGUGUGUAGUUUCUAGUAGAAGAGUGUAAGAGACAGAAUUCCUUCUCUCUAUAAUCUUGCUUAAUUUUGGUAGUGGGGAGAGAGAGAGAGAGAGGCCAGGAACCAAACCAGCUCUUUUGUAACUCGGUGAAAUUUCCUUGUUUAAUUAAUAAAGAAUAGUAAUAACUUGUUGCUCU